AAUGUCUUUCUGACUGACUGGUUAUGAAUGUGUUUCCUGGAUAUGCUUCCUGUUUUCCACCUGUGCACUGAAUCUCUUCAGAAGUCAGCCCCUCUUUAAUACUUGUUUUAAAGAGUUGAGGUUCUUCUAGCAAUGAGUUCUCAAAGCCAUCCAGAUGGACUUUCUGGCAGGGACCAGCCAGUAGAAUUACUAAAGCCAACCAGAGUAAACCACAUGCCAAGUUCUGUUGAUGUGACCACAGCACUACCUUUGCAAGUUGCACCAUCUGUAGUCCCCAUGGAUCUCCACUUGGACCAUCAGUUCUCCAUGCCAGUGGCAGAACCUACGUUACGAGAACAGCAGCUCCAACAGGAACUUCUGGCCCUCAAACAAAAACAGCAGAUCCAGAGACAGAUCCUUAUAGCAGAAUUCCAGAGACAACAUGAUCAGCUGUCUCGUCAGCAUGAAGCUCAGCUACAUGAACAUGUAAAGCAGCAACAGGAGAUUCUGGCGAUGAAACAUCAGCAGGAGCUCUUGGAGCAUCAGAGGAAGUUAGAACAGCAUCGGCAGGAGCAAGAGUUGGAGAAACAGCACAGAGAACAGAAACUACAACAGCUUAAAAACAAAGAGAAAGGAAAAGAAAGUGCCGUGGCAAGCACAGAGGUAAAAAUGAAGUUACAAGAAUUUGUUUUGAAUAAAAAAAAAGCUUUAGCCCAGCGGAAUCUCAACCAUUGCAUUUCCAAUGAUCCUCGUUUCUGGUAUGGGAAAACACAGCACAGUUCUCUUGACCAGAGCUCUCCUCCACAAAGUGGAGUAUCGGGUACCUACAAUCACCCUGUGCUAGGGAUGUAUGAUUCCAAAGAUGACUUUCCACUCAGAAAAACAGCAUCAGAACCCAAUCUCAAAUUGCGAUCCAGAUUAAAGCAGAAGGUGGCUGAAAGACGCAGUAGCCCCUUAUUACGAAGGAAAGAUGGUCCUGUAGUUACAGCUCAUAAGAAGCGACCAUUAGAUGUUGCAGAUUCCAUGUGCAACAGUGCUCCUGGAUCUGGCCCCAGUUCUCCAAACAAUAGCUCUAGUAACAUAAGUGCUGAGAAUGGAAUUACUGGAUCAAUUGCAAAUAUUCAAGCUGAGACCAACCUGGCCCACAGACUAGUGAAUCGUGAAAGCUCCAUAACACAGCUUCCUCUGUACACAUCUCCCUCCUUGCCCAAUAUAACGUUAGGAUUACCAGCAACUGCCCCUUCCAGCGGGGGAUCAGGACAGCAGGAUGCUGAAAGACUUGUUAUCCCAUCCUUACAACAACGAAUCUCCCUAUUUCCUGGAACCCAUCUAACACCUUAUUUGAGCAGUUCAACUGUGGAAAGAGAUGGGGGAACUACACACAACCCUCUUCUUCAACACAUGGUCUUACUGGAACAACCAACUGCACAAAAUACCUUAGUCCAAGACUGGUAUCUUUCAGGACUAGGGGCACUCCCCCUCCAUGCGCAAUCCCUGGUGGGCGCGGAUCGGCUCUCUCCCUCCAUACACAAACUGCGGCAACAUCGCCCUCUGGGCCGUACACAGUCUGCUCCUCUUCCCCAGAAUGCGCAGGCCUUACAGCAAUUAGUGAUUCAACAACAACAUCAGCAGUUCUUAGAAAAACACAAACAGCAAUUUCAGCAGCAGCAGCUGCACAUUAACAAGAAAAUACCAAAAACAAAUGAAUCUUCUCGCCAGCAUGAAAGCCAUCCUGAAGAAACAGAAGAGGAAUUACGAGAACACCAGGCAUUUUUGGAAGACGCGUAUAUUGAUAGAAUAUCAAACCAAAAGGAUUUCCAAGGGCUGGCCAAUAUGGUCCAGGUAAAGCAAGAACCCCUUGAAAAUGAUGAAGAUGGAGAGAUGCCACAAGAACUAGAACCAGGGCAGAAGCAGACUGAGCAAGAGUUGCUAUUCAGACAGCAAGCGCUUUUACUGGAGCAGCAACGCAUUCACCAGCUGAGAAAUUACCAGGCAUCCAUGGAAGCUGCUGGUAUCCCCGUGUCCUUUGGAGGGCAUCGGCCCCUUUCUCGCGCCCAGUCCUCACCUGCUUCUGCAAACUUUCCCAUAUCAGUACAGGAGCCACCCUGCAAACCACAGUUCACAACAGGCCUUGUAUAUGAUACCUUGAUGCUGAAGCACCAGUGUACCUGUGGAAACACAAACAGUCACCCAGAGCACGCAGGGAGAAUCCAGAGCAUCUGGUCACGGCUUCAGGAAACAGGUCUUCGUAGCAAGUGUGAGUGUAUCCGUGGAAGAAAAGCAACACUAGAAGAGCUACAGACUGUUCAUUCAGAAGCUCAUGCAUUGCUUUAUGGUACCAAUCCUCUGAACAGACAGAAAUUGGAUAGCAAGAAACUAUUAGGUUCUCUAACAUCAAUGUUUGUCAGGCUCCCUUGUGGUGGCAUUGGCGUUGACAGCGAUACAAUUUGGAAUGAAGUACAUUCGUCUAGUGCUGCUCGCCUUGCUGUUGGCUGCGUAAUAGAGCUUGUUUUUAAAGUGGCUACAGGAGAACUGAAGAAUGGAUUUGCUGUAGUUCGACCUCCUGGCCACCACGCAGAAGAAAGUACACCUAUGGGGUUCUGCUAUUUCAAUUCUGUGGCGAUUUCAGCUAAACUUCUUCAGCAAAGACUGAAUGUGAGCAAAAUCCUCAUAGUGGACUGGGAUGUUCAUCAUGGCAAUGGUACUCAGCAGGCUUUCUACAGUGAUCCAAGUGUACUUUAUAUUUCACUACAUCGGUAUGAUGAUGGGAAUUUCUUCCCAGGCAGUGGAGCUCCUGAUGAGGUUGGCAUAGGACCAGGUGUUGGUUUCAAUGUUAAUAUGGCGUUCACUGGUGGUCUUGAUCCACUAAUGGGAGACACAGAAUACUUGACUGCUUUCAGAACAGUAGUAAUGCCAAUUGCUCAUGAGUUUGCUCCAGAUGUUGUCCUGGUAUCGUCUGGUUUUGAUGCUGUGGAAGGUCAUCCUGCACCUCUUGGAGGCUAUAAUGUAUCAGCAAAAU